GGGACUGAGAGCGCAUUGCGACUCGAAGGACUACCGUGACCAGAGGAAAUCUAGCGCUCCUGCCGCAGCUUUCUCACUGCUUUAUGUCAUGGUCGGUCCGGGCGUCUACGAAUGCUUGAUAGCGACUGAACCAAGCAUCGCCAAGUUAUCCUACAUCACUUGUACGGAUAACCAGCAGGAACUUCGACCGAAUAGUAAGUCAGCUAGCUAUGAUUUGUUACGUAGAAAUUACGUAUACGUAGGAUUAACUCGAACAACACCGACAGCAUACUCUGGCAACCUAACAAGUACUGACAUUUGGGUUCUCGGACAUAUCUCGAGGAGCAACGUUGUAGAAGACGAACGACCAGAGACUCAGAAUUGAUCAUCUUUUCCGCUCUCCCAAACUCUUACGCAACACUUGUGUUGUUGGAACAAGCAUCGUGCAGCAACUUCCGCGCCGUGCUUAUGGCUCUGCCAGCACCUUCACCUAUUCAUUUGCUACGUUCACAUUCCAGUGCAGUGAGCACCCUGUUCAUUUCGACGGACAACGAGAGAAUCUAUUCCGGAGAUAGCGCAGGACAAGUUUUCGUCACUUCCACGCGCUCAUUGCGACCACUUGCUUCAUGGAAAGCUCACACUGACUCCCUGCUAGGCGUUGAAGAAUGGGGUACUCAACUUAUAACACAUGGGAGGGAUAAUAAACUUCACAUCUGGGCACGACCAGAAGAGUCCACUUCCAUCAGACAAGGACCUGCAACUUUGUCGGAUCUAUCUACACCAACGAUAUGUUAUUCUAUGGACGUCAACGCCCUUAACUACUGCAGGUUCUCUCUCCUUUUCCCAGCAGAAGCGAGCGAUCAGGAAAGUCUACUCGCCAUUCCAAACCUCGUGGAAUCAGCUCUGGCAGAUAUAUGGUCACUUCCAUCGCGUCAAAGGCUCCACGCCGCUAUAGGUGAUCCACUAAAUACCUCCGCGACAACCUUCUCGGAUGGCAGGUCGGGCAGCAAAUCAGGAAUCAUUAUGUCAAUGCAUCUCUUUUACGCUGCGUCGUCUAAACCUUCGUCCUCUACGUCGUCAAGAGAGCUGCGCCUGUUAUGCGCGUACGAAAAUGGAAGCGUUGUGUUGCGAAAGCGGAUUGCGCCCGAGAAUAAACAGACUGUCGAGGGCCGUGGAUGGGAUGUUUUGUGGAACUCCAAACUUCAUGUGGAAUCAGUGAUGUCGAUGGCGGUUUCUUUAGAUUGCACUUUUGCUUUAACCGUAUCGGCGGAUCAUCUGGUGGGACGGUAUGAUCUUUUGGUUGAUGCCUCAGAAUUCACUCCCGCGGGAACUGCAUUCAAGACCAAGCAUCCAGGAAAUGGUGCUAUUUCCAUACGGGGCGACGGGAGAGUUUGUGCGAUAGGAGGAUGGGACGGCAAAGUGCGGUUAUACUCAACGAAGACGUUGAAGCUGCUCGGAACUCUCGUGCACCAUAAGCAAGGAUGUCAGGCGGUUACGUUCGCCUCUCGUAUCGAUCCACAUUUUGACAAUGCAUCUCUUUGUGGAGACUUGAGGGAGGAGGAUACUUCUGGUUACGAGGAUGAAAUGUCCGUCGAGGAGAAGCAUGCCCGUGUUCGGUGGUUGAUUGCGGGCAGUGCGGACAUGAAGGUGUCGAUUUGGGCGUUGAUGAACUUUGAGAAGACAAGCGCGUGA